AUGGAGUCCUCUGCUGUUUUCCGAUCCUUUAACUGUUCUGUAGGCACAGUUUCUCAUGUUCGGCCCUCGCUUGACAAGCCUGGUAUGCUUCCUGCGUAUAAUACCGCAAGGCCUACCGUGAGUAGAUCAUACUUCCAAGGCUUGAUGGUUAGUGAGAAGUUCAUUUAUUCUCCACAGAAGCGGAGGGGAGUGCAAGUAUCAUGUGUGAAGACAUCUGAAGCUGCCAAGAGUGAAAAAUCCAGCGAUAGUAAGCCACAAGUCUCAUCUGAGAGAACUACUCAACCCGCAACUUUUCCUAAUGGAUUUGAGGCACUAAUGCUAGAAGUCUGUGAUGAGACAGAAGUUGCUGAACUGAAACUUAAGGUUGGAGACUUUGAAAUGCAUAUGAAGCGGAAUAUUGGAGCCACCAGUGCUCCUGUGUCUAGCAUCUUGCCAGCAGCAGCACCACCUAUUCCAAGUAAACCCAUGGUUGAAUCAGCUCCUGCUCCCCCUCCAGCACCAGCACCAAAAUCUUCUUCUGAAAAAGCCACUCCAUUUACCAACACUUCUGUAGACAAGUCAUCAAGAUUAGCAGCCUUGGAGGCUUCUGGAGCUAAUGGAUAUGUUCUGGUUUCUUCUCCUACGGUUGGUUCAUUCCGAAGGGGUAGAACAGUGAAAGGAAAGAAGCAACCUCCAAUCUGUAAAGAGGGUGAUCUGAUCAAAGGAGGACAAGUAGUUGGAUAUGUGGAUCAGUUUGGCACUGAACUUCCUGUGAAGUCAGAUGUGGGUGGAGAAGUUUUGAAGCUCCUCUUCAAUGACGGAGAAGCCGUUGGUUAUGGAGACCCACUUAUUGCUGUCUUGCCAUCAUUUCACGGUAUCAAUAUCAAGUGA